GCACUGUUCAAGUGAAGUUUCUUUGUAUAGUCAAAAUUCUUUUUUUGAUUUUUAUACGGUAAUGUGAAAAAAAUAAUGAGCCGCGCAAGUACAUUCUAACAUCCAACAGGAGCAAUUAAUUCAAUCAAAAAUAAACGCUAUGUAUCGGUUGUUGGUGCGUCACAAGUUUAGAAUCCCAAUUGUAGCGUUUACUUUGUUUUUUGUCUUUGCAAAUUAUUACAGAGUAUUUAUUUAUAUUAAAGCUAGUGUUUCACAUUUUGAUGAUAAAGAGUCAAUCAAAAUAAAGUUCUCAAAAAGAGAAGAUGGUGCUGCGCAGCUAGAUCGGGUUGAAAAUUGGACCACUCAGCACAGAUACUUCCGAGAUGCUUGUUAUUUGCUCAUGAGGCCGGAUGCUCCUAUCGCCCAUGCGGGUCUGGUCGAGCAAACGAUCCACAAACUAAAGCAUACAUUCAACUCAAAAGAUUUUGCCAAGUCGUCGUCCACUUUUUGCGAAAGAUAUUUGAGACUUGAUAAUGUUCCUCUCAUCUCAGAAGAUACCAGCGAGCUCGAAAGGCACUUUCCAUUGGCUUAUUCCAUGUUGGUUUACCACAAUUUCGACCAGGUUGACCAACUAUUCCGCAUUAUAUACAGGCCACAGAACUUCUAUUGUUUGCACGUUGACAAGAAUGCAGACAAGAUGUUUAGGAAAAAGGUGCAUCAAUUAGCCGAGUGCUUCCCUGGCACCGUCUUUGUCGCCUCCAGGUCCAUAGCAAUGGAAUGGGGCAGUCAUUCUGUUUUGAUGGCAGAGCUGUCCUGCAUUCAUGAGUUGGUGAAGAGUGGCGAGAAGUGGAAGUAUUACAUCAACUUGACAGGAGAGGAGUUUCCUCUAGUUACCAAUCUGGAGCUGGUACAUCUUCUGAGAAGUCUGCAUGGAAAGAAUAUAAUUAAUUGUAGUUUGUUUUUGUUUUCUGGCGGAGUUUUGAUGCCAGAAAGAUUUCCAGAGCACUUGCCCCGCAACCUCUCUAAAUACAAGGGAUCAAAUCACUUCGCUAUCAACUACGAAGCGGCGAACUUCAUUGUGCAUUCCGAAAUCUCACAACAACUGAACGAAUCACUCGCACCCUACAGAUUACAGGAGGAAUCAUUUUUCCAAGUUUUGAAUUUUAACCCCGAGCUCAAUUUCCCGGGUGGAAUGCGAGAGCGACCCGAGAGCAAUCUGUACGAGCACACAUAUUUUCAUCGGCAUAAAAAUUGGCCAUUCAAAGACGUCAAAAAAUGCCCCAGCGGAAAAAUUCAGAGGAAUAUUUGCAUGAUUGGCGUUAAUACUCUGCCAAUUUUAGCCCAGCAACACGGAAAGUGUUUAGCGAUUAACAAGUUUCCUUGGGAGUUCCAGCCGAUGGCGUGGGAUUGCAUGAUUGCAUGGCAUGUGGAUCGAGUGAGAAAGGAACUAGAAACCAAAACUUCAGCCGUAAAUUUUCAUCGCUUUUUGACCAGCUCUUAUGUGCAGUACGCCAGAACAGUGCCAGCAGUUCUACUCAUUUUGUCGAUUUCUUGCGUCAAGAGCAGAGGAAUCUCCUUGGAAGAUCCAUCAGAUGAAAUAACAAAACAGUUCAACGUCUUCCCCUCAAACAACAGUGGUGGCCAAUUCGUUCAAUUCUGGGAUUCCCUUUACGAUGAUGACAACCCAAACCUGGAGUCGACUCCAUUUUAUCGAGUUGGUCGAGUGUGGUCUACGUGGACUAGAAUGGCAAGAAAGAGAUCAGCGUUGGCCAAUCAAGGACAAGAUCGCGGGAUGGUCUGCUGCAGGGGGAGUUAGAUCACGACUUAAUUAGCUUGUCUAUGGACUACUAAAAUGAACGAAGUUAUUAU